AUUACUUCCGGUAAAAAUUGAAAUAAUUUUUUACUGCUACGAAUUUUGUUUUAGUUAAAAAUAUGCACUAAAAGGCUACUUAUUGUAGUCAAUUAUAAACUAAAACAGUUGGCAUUAUCCACUGCAAGAUACAAACAUGGACAAAGCAGCUCAGAGGUCACUGCUGCAUGCUGGUACUGAUCUGGAUUUAGAGGAUCACUCCAGCUAUAACAAUCGCCUAGAUGAUGAUGGACAUUUGGCCACAGGGCUAAACACCUAUGCUAUUAAAGAACCUAGGGGAUUUAUAAAGCUUAUUCAAGUAAUUAUUGCUAUAUUUGCAUUCGCAACAACAACUAGUUUUUCUGGACAUUCUACAUUCUCAUUUUUGUGUGGGGCAACAAAAAAGGAUAAACAUCUAGACUUCUCAUAUCCCUUCAGGCUAAGUGCGACCCCUAUCAAAGUUGAGCAGUGUGACCCAACGCUAAAUAAUGGAACUAUCAAUGGUACAGAAAUGUUCACUCCAUAUGGCAACAUGGCAUCAUCUGCUGAGUUCUAUGUAUUCGUUGGUGUCAUGGCCUUUUUGUACUCACUAGGCGCUCUGGUGCUUUAUGUCGUCUUUGAUCAUAUCUACAGGAAGUACGACCUCAUACCCAUAGCAGAUUUCAUUGUUUCUGCACUAUUUGCUGUACUGUGGCUGAUCUCCAGCUCUGCCUGGGCUCAAGGAGUGACAGAUCUGAAGUACUAUACGUCCCCCAAGGGUUUGUUCUUCGAGAUACCACAGUGCCCACCCAACGCUUUCCACAAAUCUUAUAAGUUUACUUCUUGCAAAGGGGGAAAUGAGGCCAACUUUGCAACCCUCAAUGUGUCCCUGAUCUUUGGCUUCCUGAACUGUGGUGUAUGGGUGGGCAACCUUUGGUUCUUGUGGAAGGAGACUCUUUGGUUUAAACUACGCUCCAAGCCUACUACAGAGGACACACCAGAGAUUGCUCAGCAGCAAGAGCCCCAACGAGUAUAAGCUCAUUCUUAAUCAUUGGAAACAUCUAGUCAGGUUCUCAAGUCCCAGGAACGAUUGUCCUGUGAUAGUAGGUCCCUGGAGAGAUUGUCCGGUAAUAGAAGUCUUGAAUACGACUGGACAUUGGCAUCUACUUUAAACUAGAAAAUUAAGUCAUCUUCCUCACAAAGGCUCA